CGCCGUCUGGGAUGAAAGGGGUUGCUCGUAGGAACGGUGUGGGUCUAUGCUCUAGGAGUUUAGCCUCGCAACUCAUGACCUCGAUCUCUCAACCGCAUGGAGAUAAUGACAAUAUUACAUCCCGCGCACCCGGAAAUUCGGAGUAGCACGCUGUUUCACAAAGGUUCCAGCCGCUCAAUUCUUUCGUCAACGUCUACCACGUUUAUCACCACUAUGGCCGCCGCUAAUGACUCGCUUGCCACUCUUCCCAUCAGCGCUCCGUACCCUCCUUCGCCUGUCGAGGCCAGGUGCUUCUAUUACGGCUUACCCUCUCGGCCGACUUUGGUCGCUCGCUCCAGCGCCGACAUCUGGGUCGAGCCGAUGGGCCCCGAAGCAUACCUUAUUCCCAAGGAGUCUAGUCCUGUCGGCCUGCACCCUCUUAGAGAGAUCUGGGAGGCCACAGUUGGUCCUGCCAUGAUUGACUAUUUGGACUUCAAGGGGGUGAAGAUGACAAGUCUGGACCCAGUUCGCAUGGGGUAUGUUGAUGAGUCUUCCCCUCCCGUUAUCAUAUGGAUGGGAGUUGUCCCUGGCUCUCUCUCUGCCAAGGAUGGUGUGGAGGUUGCAACUCACUGCAAGAAUAUCCUUUCUGCUUACAACAUAAAUGAUGUCCAUGUUGAAAUUCGUGAGUCAGAGAUCAGCUACUCUGCUGGUCCCAAGAUGUACAGGCCUUUCUCCACCUACAAUGCUACUGCCCAGGCCCAAGAGCCUUUCUCCACUGCCCUUGGUCUCCCUAUCUGUGCCAAAGAUUCCCCAACCAUUGAGGGAACUGGUGGAUUCUUCAUCUCAGACCCUCGCAACCCUGGCAAGAUUUAUCUUGUCACAGCCAGACAUGUUGUCUUCCACUCUGAUAGGGAUUCUAAUGAGCUCUACCAGCACUGCAACUCCAGCCAGCCUCAUAGGGAUAUCUUGCUGUUUGGUGAUGCUGCUAUUGAGAAGUAUAUCAAUGCCAUUGAGUUUGAGAUCGGCAGGAAGCAUAUGAUUAUUGAGGAUCUUUGGGACCAGUUAGAGUAUGCUAAGCAGAAGGGUGAGAAGAAUGCUGUGGCAAAGCAGAAGCAUGUUCUGCCUCAGUUGGAGGAGGCAAGCAAGGCAAUCAGAGCCCUCAAGAAGUUUCUUGCAGAUGUCUCUAGGGACUGGAAAAAGCAGGAGAACCGUGUCCUUGGCCAUAUUGUCCUGUCUCCUCCUAUUAGUUUUGGUGUUGGAGAGGAAGGGUUCAUGGAGGACUGGGCAGUGAUUGAGAUUGAUGAUUCCAAGAUCAACCUGAACAACUUUGUUGGAAAUGUUAUUGACCUUGGCACUACCAUCCCUGUCGAGAAGUUCACAGUCCAGAUGUUUCCUGAUGCAUUGAGGACCUGGGUGCUUUUCAACUCUAUCGACCCAUCUUUAUCCAGGUUUCUAGAAAACUAUCUCCUCAAGUUUGAUGGCACUAUUUCAGAUGAGGAAAUGUGGAAGCCUAGCUGGAAGACUGUCAAUCAUGACAAUGAUCCAUGCAUUAUGGUCAUCAAGCGUGGCUAUGCUUCUGACCUCACCAUCGGACGCCUCAACACCAUCCGUUCCUUCACCAGAUUCUACUUAAAGGGCCAGCCCAUUCAGACAUCGAGGGUAGUCACCAUUUUGCCUUUCAACUCUGAGUCACAUGCCUUCUCCAGCCCUGGUGACUCUGGCUCAGCUGUCGUUGAUGGCAAGGGCAGGUUGGCUGGCUUGCUCACUGGUGGUGCUGGAGACACUGAAGAGUUCGACUGCACCUAUCUUACCUCUAUCAACUUCCUCCUCAAGUGUAUGUUGGAGCAUGGUCUCAAGGCUAACCUCUCUCCCUCCCUCAAUGCUUAAACACCAUCUGCUCUUCAGAUCCUGAAGCCAGCUUAUUUCUUCCUCUCUUCAAGUUUUCCAUGACUUCUUGUCAUUCUCUCUUUCCCUGUCUUCCCACCUGUUUCUUCUUGUAUGAUCUCAUUUUUUUAACUCUUCAUUCUUCUUUAUCUAUGGACUCAUUGUCAGAGACUAGGUACCAGAUACUUCCUUUGUAUGGCAUUCAGUCUCAUGCUGGAUGUGAUGUGGCUUCUUUCACACUAUGGUAUUAACCCC